AUGCACGCUGCUCGGCCCGCCUCCUGCUCCAAUACUCGUCGGGUGGCGCUAAGCCUCGGCGGUGCUGCGCAGGGCGAGAGAGAGAGCGAGCGAGCCUAUCACAGAGAGCGAGUGCGAGAGGAGCCCGCCGCUGCCACCGAGGAGGUUGCCGCCAAGGAGGCUUCGCCCAAGAAGGAGAAGCGCCAGUCGUUCAUCGGCAAGCUCAUCGGCGCCUUCAAGGAGAAGACCGCCAAGAAGGAGAAGCCCGCCGCCACCAAGGAGGAGCCCGUCGUCGAGGAGGCCGCUGCCACCGACGCCGCCGCCCCUGCUACCGAGGAGACCCCCGCCGCUGCUGAGCCCACCACCGAGGCUGCCGUCGAGGCCCCCGCCGCCGUCGAGGAGGCCGCCGUCCCUGCUGCCACCGAGGAGGCCGCCAAGGACGUCAAGAUCGACGAGUCGGCCAAGGCUGACGCUCCCGCCCCCGACGUUGCCGCCCAGAAGAUCAAGCUCGGCCGUCGUCUCAGCGGCAAGUUUGGUGCCCUCUUCGCCAAGGCCGCCCCCAAGAAGUCGGAGGAGAAGCCCGCCGCUGCCGAGGACAAGGCUGCCGAGGAGGCUGCCUCUCCCAUCGAGGAGAAGGUCGCCGAGGACGUCACGGCCGCCCCCGAGCCCGUCGCCGUGAUCGCCGCCCCCGCCGUCAAGGCUCCCGAGUCGGCGGCUCCCGUCGCUGCCGCCGCCUAA